ACGGUAAGCGUCUUCUCUGACAGCUGACGUGUACGCUGCAUGCUCACCUUUGUCAGACCAUCGUGUUCUCUCCAAGAUCGCAUCGAGAAGUGACUUUCCCAUGUUACCAAAACUUCCGCUUGAACUCGAGGGCUUAAUUUGUCAAUGUGCACUCGAUAUUGGGUUGCAAGAGCGACAGAAUGAAGAGGAAUUAUCUCUUGGAAAGAAAAAGGCUGCUGGCGGCCUGCUGCCUUGUAUGCCGAGAUUGACUAACCCUUUCUCGCCCGGUGUUCUACGAGUUUGUGGCCAUUGGGACCGAGGCCCAUCUGAAGAAACUCCUUCAAUCACUCUGGUGCUCGGCACUGUUAUUUCCUACAAAUCUUUCCAAACUCACAUCCCUCAACCUGUCAUGCUUGGAUCUGUCACGAACCCAUCCGGAUUUCAUUGUGUCCCUCAAGCUUUUGCCAUCUGUGUGCUCACUCUCAUUGUGGAAGUUGCAAUCACCUACAAUCUCGCCAUUGAUCAAACUGGUGCAUGCUUUUCCAAAGCUUUCAUAUCUCACUCUAGAUGGAACCACAUUCAUGAGACAUGUAUCACACUAUAUGGUCAAGAAUUCCCAGAGGUUGUCUCUUCUCUCCAUCACCAUCUGUGAUGAACAUGGGCAAUGCAAUACACUUUUACACCAUUUAGACAGAUACUCCACUUUUCAGUCAUUGGAGAAGAUUGAUUUCUCUCUGGGUCAGACCUCAAGUGAUUUUAUAUGGGGAAUAAACAUACUACUAUCACAAUGUGGUCCUUCCUUGAAAUAUUUCAGGUUUAGAAUACCUGCCCAUUUUGAUACUGCUUUCAAGUUGCCUCCCCAUAUUUUGACUAUGCAUCAGAACACACACCUCCAACUCCUCAGCCUCUGUUUUCCCAAUACUUACC